AUGUCCAUUCCAAUCGCAGAGAAGCAGUUUCGGCACGAGUCGGGGAAGCUGGAGAUCGUUGUCGUCGGCGCUGGUCUAGCAGGUGUCGGCGCAACGAUAGCAUGUCUUCUCGCCGGCCACAAUGUCCACCUUCUCGAAUCGGCGAAAGAAAUCGGAGAGAUUGGUGCCGGUAUCCAAGUCCUUCCUAAUUCCUCGCGCGUCCUGCAGCACUGGGGACUCGAGGCGGCGUUGAUGGAGCAUGCGACGGUCCCGAAAUUCUGCAACUUCCUCGGAUGGAAGGGGAAUCUCAUUUCGUCGCUGGACUUCAAGGCUUCCGAGGCGCAAUAUCCGGGGACGUGGUAUCGGGAUUUCCAUCGCGCAGACCUGCACCGGUGUUUAGUCGCUAGGGCUGUUGAACUAGGGGCGAGGUUAUCGUGUAACACGCGGGUGGUGGAUGUUAUUCCUAGUGAGGAUGGGACGACAUCGACCGCUAUUACCGCGGACGGAAGAGAGUUCGCGGGUGAUCUGGUAGUUGGGUGCGACGGGGUGUUCAGCAAACUCACCGAGUCAUUACUGCAAAGACCAGAGCCGCCCUUGAAGACGGGCGACCUUGCAUACAGAUUGUUGUUGGACACCGAGGAGAUGCUCAAAGACCCAGACUUGCGGUCAUUCGUCACAGAUCCUCAAGUCAACUACUGGCUCGGCCCAGACAAGCACGCAGUCAAUUAUGUUUUGCGAGGUGGAAAGCUGUUCAACAUGGUCUUGCUCGUUCCCGACGAUAUUCCUGAAGAUUCAUUGGCGACCACGGUGGAAGGGAAUGUGGAGGAGAUGUGCUCCUUGUUCGAGGGCUGGGAUCCGAAGAUCGAAAAGCUCUUGAAGCUCUGUCAGUCCGUUCAAAAGUGGCAGCUGUGUAUUCGCCUAGGAGAGCACGAGUGGACACACCCAUCCGGGUCAUGGGUCAACAUCGGAGAUGCCGUACACGCGACAUUGCCUUACCUAGCAUCUGGCGCUGGCAUGGCCUUCGAAGACGGCGCAGUCCUCGGCGAGGUCCUUUCCCGCCUCCCCAACGACCCAUCCAUCAGCAAGACUUCGCCCGAGUACCUCGCCCAGAAACGCCACGCUCUCGCCGUAUUCGAGAAAUGCCGCAAGGAGCGCACGCAGAUGGUUGUGAAGCGAGGGAACACCCAGCAGUACUUGUACCAUCUGUACGACGGGCCUGAGCAGGAAGAGCGGGAUCGAAAGAUGCAAAUGGUGCCGACGCCGGAGGGAGAGUGCUUGGCUUGGAGGGAUCCGGGGCUCGCACCGAAGUUGCUUGGCUAUGAUCAUGUCGCAGAUGUCAAUCGGAGCUGGAAUACCCUCUCGGAGGCAGCAGUCGUGUCUGAGGAACAGGUAGCGUCGCGUUUAUGA